AUGUCGAAACAGAAAUUUUGUUGCUCAUCCAGAGAAUAUUAUUCAUUGAGCCAUAAUUUGGUGGAGACAUUGAUUAUAAUUCCACGCGUAGUCGUUUGCAAAAAACUAAAAAAGGGGCAAGUAUAUACACAAACAAUAACUAUCAAAAAUAAAGGAUUGUAUCCACGCAACUUGAUAUAUGCCACUGAUAGUCUACAAGAUACAAAAAUUAUUUUUCCUGAUGGCUGGGAAUGUAAUUACUUGCAACCGGAUGAAGUUAUUGAAAUCAAGGUUCUGAUAACUCCUACCUCGAAUAGCGUGCACACUGAUUACAGACACAUUUACAUUCAAUCGGAGCAUCCGAAUAUAACUUUUGAAAUACCCAUAAUUGUGAUGCCUUCGCGGGAUCCUCCCCAUUUGACCUAUACUAACAUNCUUAAUGUAGACAAUGCUGAUGGAUUACAACCGAUAACUGUUAAAGAUUAUGUAGCUGCUAUGAUGGCGAUGUCGGAUGACAAAGAUGAUAAAGGUAGUCAAGGCGAACGGACGAUAGAAUUGAUAAGUAAAACGGAUUCAUUGCCGUCAUACCGUUCGAUCGGCACGGAAAUUUCUACGUGCAGUAGCCAUUUUGAAGAAGAAGUCUUAGAUGCCAUACCAGAUUUUGCAUUUACCAUAGUCAACAAAAUAAAGGAGAAAAAAUAUCUGGAAAACAGAGAAGCGGAAGAAUGUGUAGUUAGCGAGGCUUUACAACUGCUAUUGAAUACAAAUUAUUUUAAUUCGCUUAUGCAAUUUUCAAAUUAUGGUCAAAUGGAUUGGAAUAUUGUGCCGUUUAACCCGAAAGAGAUUUUUUGUGGCCAGGAAAUUAUAUAUUUGCAACCGAAUGCGGGUAAAAGCAUUUCGGUGUUACUAAUACCAAAUAGAGUGGGCUUAUUCAAUCGCUCGCUAAAUGUACGCAUUUGUCCAAUAACCGAAGAGGAACACGAUGUGGAUAAUAGCGAUGCACGCUGGGAUCUGCGUGGUACAUUUUUUAUAAACUCAAAAAUGUUUACAACAAAAAUUUGGUUGGAAUACAAUUGUCGCUUGCCAGAGAUUACUUUCACACAAGAUAUAAGCUAUGAAAUGGAAAGUAUUUACGUUGGCCAAGGAGUAGAAUUAAUUAUGUCUUUUAAAAAUACAACCAGUGUACCCGGUUUCUUUCACUUCGAUGUGAUACCCGCUGACGACCGUGGUGAACUGAUCUUGCAGGAUGGUAUUUCGAAAUUUUUCAUGCCAUCACACGGAGAAGUUGCAGUAGAAGGUACCAUAGUAUUUCAUCGUUUGGGUAAAGUUAAACUCUCUGGGCUUAUUAAGAUUGUGGGUAAUCCCAACGGAUCGCCAUUUCACAUAUUCGCCGAAGUGAAACCCACUAAAAUCAAAUUAUCAGCGACCACUAUUUACAGGCGUCAAAAAGUACUCGAAUGGUCUGUGGUACAUUUGUAUAUAGAAAAUGAUACACCAACAAUAACAAGUUUCACCAUGAGGCUGAAAAACUAUAAAUACCAAUAUAUUGAACCCAGUGGAGCCGUACUUUCGCCAGAGGGCCAAGGCAUGUAUGUUUCCAUUUUCUCCAAGUACUACGAUGCGGAUACUUACCACAAUACUUUAGUCAUAAAUAUUAUAAAUAGUGGUACCAUUGAAGUGCCACUGACCUAUGUCGUAGAGGGCUCACCCAUCAAUAUGGAACCGAAUAUUUUCAGUGGCCACGAUUGUGGUACACUGAUGAUAAAUUGUCAAGAUAAUAAGUACGAAACCGAAACGAAUGCGCCAAAAUAUAAAAAAGAAGUAAAAAUAACAAAUAAUGGCAAACAUAGAUAUUGUUUUUAUAUCGACAAGUUACGCAAUAAUCUAGCGAAAUGUGCAAUUGAACUUGGACGUGGCCAUUUGACAGUUUCACCGAAAACUUUAUGUCUCGAACCGCAAUCGGAGGGUACUUUGUAUAUAACAGCCGAUUCCUGUGACGCUGGCACAAUAUAUAAUGAGUUUCGUGUCAGAAUUAUCGAUCAAGAUUGCAAAUUGAAGGUACACACUACACGCUUUACAGUUACAGCCACAUUUGUGGAACCGGAAAUACAUUGGUGUCAAAAGCUAAUACAGAUGGAGUAUAAUAGGACGCAUAUUUAUAAAGAUCAUCCUGUGUUGGCCACUGCCUGCCUAAAGAACAUGAGUGAUGUGCAGAGUAACGUCUAUCUGAAAAUUUUGGGACCAUUUAAAAUUAAGCAGUUCUUUGAACACCAUUUCACUAAAGUCAUUAAUUUCACCAUGAAUGGCCUAGAAGAGAAAGAGAUUUUUAUAUCGCUACAUAAAUCGGCAAUACGUGAUGAAUUUUGCACCACCGUGGAUGGGCGCAUACUCUGUGAGGCAGAUAAUAAAUAUCAGAGAUCAUUGCAAUUGAAAUUACUAGUCCGCAGUCCAGAAUUGAGAAUCACACAACCGGAUAUGAUAAUAUUUACACGUGAAAGGGAGAUUAUGACUUAUGUGGAAGUAAGAAAUAUAUCUUGUUUGGACGCACAGUACAAAUGGAAGAAAGUCGAAGAGAAGACGGCAUAUGUCGCAGAUUACGAUGAUUCCUACAAAUUUUCACUUGAUAUACUUUCUGAAAUACUUCGUCUGUUGGACAUUGAUGAUAAUGAUACGGAUGAGGAUUCAAUUUAUCAACGCAAUAUGACUUUACGCUAUCAGAAAUAUCGUUGCAAAUUGAAGCCACUCGAGGACCCAAUUGGCGCUUCGACUAUCAUCGAUGAACUCAUCGAUAAUUUGGAUUUAGAACAUAAGCGUUAUAUGGUGAAUCUGGUUGAAGAGGAUAACAUUUGUCUGAGUGCGAAGCGUUGCACUUCGGGCGAAUUCGUGACCACAACUUUGGAUGGCAUUUUGCAUGGUCUGAAACUGGAGGACUCCUACGAUAUUUCGCAAGAGAGUUUAGAUGAGUGCGACAAUGAGCGCACCAUACACUUUUUAGAAAAGAGUGGAUUUGUGAAGAAAUUCAGUGAAGUGAAAUCUGCGCUCUUUUUACCGCCAGUAAAACCAGGUUAUUCCACAACGGCUGUAUUUACACUCGACACGGUUGGCAGUUGUCCGCAACAAUUCGACAUUACGCUAGUAAAUUUGGAAAAGGUUAUGGAAUUCUCAUCGGAGAGCGUGUAUCUCGGAGUCAAGCCUUGGUAUGAACUCUUCAACGCCUCUGUGCGUAUAAUCACCGUCACCCAGUAUCCCAUCACUGUGAGUGUAAGUCACAAAACAGUGGUGGACAAAAGUCAACGGCUCUUCCAAGGUUAUGCAAAAAUCAUUGGCAAUAGAACUUUUGAUAUUAGCAAAUUCAAGUCAAAGCUGCUGCAGUUCGAAGGCAUAAUGGGUUUCUCCGGGCAAUUCAUGCAUGAAAUUCAAGUGACUGCGAAUAAGAGCGAAGAGCAGAUAAUACAAUUACGUGGCCAGGGUAUAAUGCCCAUAAUUGCAGUAACCACGAAAUUGCAACGUCCCGAACAGACAAUUUUCGAAAUUUUAGACGAAUAUGAACUACUACGCGCCAUCUACUAUUUUGAUGUAUUCAAAUCGAUAACCGAAUUCGACGACGAUUUGCCAGUGCCCAAGGAGGAGGACAAUGUCAGCCGGCGUACCAUUGAAUAUUCAUUGAGCAGCAUACACACAGAUGCCACCACGAGCACUACGAGCAGUCGGCAAGCGCGUUUCUUUCAAUUGAUGAAAACUUAUGUAAUUGUCAAUAAUAAUGGUGAACUGCCGCAUGCAAGCGUGUUGGAGCAAGUAAUCGAGACACAAAAGUUUAUUAAGCAAUUGCAAGCAAAUACGAAAACGGCGCUACUCUUACGUAGAGUGCAUCAGGAUUACGUGAAGCUGAUCAGCAGCUAUGGUGAAUCGAUGCCAAUUAAUCUCAAGCAUUUCACCACACAACCGCUACCAUUUCAAAAGCAGGGUUUUGUAUUCAAUAUGCAUCAAUUGGUAUUGGGACAAUUGAGAAAAUUCUUUAUCGAUUUGCAUUUCUAUGGACCUGGCAAACUGAUUGCAUCUGUGCGUACAGAGGUGAAAAUACCUGGGCUCUAUGUGGAUUUCGAAGUGAGAAAGAGUGAGAAUCACGACUAUAUAUUCUAUGCAGCAGAAAAGAAAUCGGCCAGCUUAUUGGUCAAACGCUAUCGCAAUAUUUUUGAACGUAUUAUCGAUACAGAAACAGAUCCGAAAGUCAAGCAUGCGCAUUCGUUCGAUUUGGAUCGUAAAGAGCAGCAUACGCGCUUGGAAGUGGACGCUAAGCAACGCAAAGAAUUGCAGAACUACUAUAACAGCUUGAAUAAAUCGGUAUAUGAAGAUCACAAGCAUCACUUUACUUUGUGCAAAAUAUUCAGUAACAGCAAGCGGAACUAUUAUAGCGGCGAAGCAAGACUUGUAAUUUUGUUUAAACCCGAAGCGAAGUACUACGAGGAGGGACAAAUACUUGAGGAUUAUCUAUACAUUGAUCUGCAUUUGGGCCCCACUUUACCCAUACUGCUGCGUGGUCUCAUCGCUAAGCGUAAUUAGAUUUGAAAAUAAUUGCAAGAAAAUAAUGUGGGUGCUCACACCUGACUUGUUAUCGCGUUGAUUGGUUUUGAGGCUGUUUAUACUUUUUAUUCAGAUUACAACAAUAAAAUAAGCUGGCGGAUAAUUAUUUUUAACGAAUUAAUUUGAUAACCAGG